UCAUCUCCUGUCCCACCAUGCUUCCUGCCACUUUCAAACUGUGUUGUGGAAUAUCUCACCAGCAUCUUAGGAAAUUCACUGGUUUACAAAGGACUGCAGUGGGAGCUUUUGGCAAAGAAAUCUCAAGAUUUAUUUUGAACAGCACCGAUUACUUUUUCCCAAGUAUACCGUAUUCUAUCCAUAGAACCAUUCACAUGAAACUUGGAAUUAAUAUAAAACCCUGCCCCUCGCAGAAUACAAUGCUUUCCAGUAGAGAACUAUUUUAUGUGAAUCAGGCCGAGGAAACACUCAAUAAAGCUAUAUCAAUGCUCCACCAACAGGAAGGCUGGCAUGCUGAAGUGCAUCUGGGAAAUGGCGACUGGAUACUCAGUAAAACGUUCCCAAAGGUAGGAAAAGUAUUUCGUGCUGAGGCCACUAUAGAUUCACCACCUGAUCUUAUUUAUACUCAACUCUUCGAAAAUCUUGAGCAGAUGAAUCAGUGGAAUCCAAACAUCAGUAAAGUGGAGAUCCUUCAAAAAAUUGGAAGAAACACUCUCUUGACACGAGAAGUGACAUCAGAUAUUCAAGUAAAUGUAAUCAACAAAAGGGACUUUGUCAGCGUACGGCACUGUUGCAAGAGGGGGUCUGCCGUUUACCUUGUAGGAACCGCUACGCAUUCUGAGUUAAUGCCACCACAACAAGGAGUUAUCAGGGCUGAAGCUGGACUUACCUGCAUUGUCCUUCAACCUCUUGAUGGGAACAGUAAAAAAACUCGUAUGACCUGGCUUCUUAGCAUAGAUCUCAAGGGCUGGAUACCCAAGCGUGUAACGGACAACGCAUUAUCCCGGUCUCAAGCUGAUUUUAUUGAACACCUACGGAAGCAUCUAUCUUUUAAUGCUGACGCUGUCUAAACUCUAUAACAUUUUGAUGCUAAAUUAUUUUAUUAAUUUUAAAUGUUGAUAAAGUUGUUAAAUGUUAAAAAUGAACGCAAGGCUGAAAAUUCCCAUGCAGUAGUAAAUAUUUUCUAUUUACAGUA